CGGCGGGUGGGUGUAGACGCAGCAGGCGCGCCCGUGCCCUCUCUGCUUCGCGCGCCUCCCCCGGCCCCGUCGCCCCUCUGGCUGCCGAGGAGCGGGGCUCAGGCCCCAGCCUGCGCGCCACCUCCUGCGGUCCCGGACGGCCAGGCGCUCGCAGCGCUCAGGUCGCCAGGCUCUGGUCCCGGCUCACCAUGCACUGCCACGCGGAACUGAGGCUGAGCUCACCCGGCCAACUCAAAGCAGCCAGGCGGCGCUACAAGACUUUCAUGAUCGAUGAGAUCCUCUCCAAGGAGACCUGCGACUACUUUGAGAAACUUUCCCUCUACUCUGUGUGCCCAUCGCUGGUGGUACGACCCAAACCCCUGCACUCUUGUACCGGCUCUCCUUCCUUAAGGGCAUAUCCUCUCCUGUCUGUGAUCACCCGGCAGCCCACAGUCAUCUCCCACCUGGUUCCCACUGGCCCGGGAAUCACCCCAGUGUUACCUCGCCAUCCAGCCGCUGCUGCUGCAGAGGCUGCUGCUGCUGCUGAGACCCCUGGUGGUGAGGCGUUAGCCAGCAGCGAAUCUGAGACAGAACAACCCACACCCAGGCAGAAGAAACCACGCAGGAGUCGCACCAUCUUCACGGAGCUGCAGCUCAUGGGUCUAGAGAAGAAAUUCCAGAAGCAGAAGUAUUUGUCUACUCCAGACAGGUUGGACUUGGCCCAAUCUCUGGGACUCACUCAGCUGCAAGUGAAGACUUGGUAUCAGAAUCGCAGGAUGAAAUGGAAGAAGAUGGUCCUUAAAGGUGGACAGGAAGCACCCACAAAACCUAAGGGGCGCCCCAAGAAGAACUCCAUUCCCACAUCAGAAGAGAUUGAAGCUGAAGAGAAGAUGAACAGCCAGGCCCAGAGCCAGGAGCCGCUGGAAUCCUUGCAGGGACAGGAGGAGCCCUGUGAUACCCAGGAGCCCAAAGCGUGCCUUGUCCCCUUGGAGGUGGCAGAACCGAUUCACAAGCCCCAGGAGUUGCCAGAAGCUUCCUCUGAACCCCCACCAUUAAGCUAAAGUAAAGUUCUUUGGGGGUAAGGGGGAGACUGGGAAGAAGGGAAGAGAGAGGCAAGGAGACUCUGAAGGAGAGAAGACCUCUAAAGACAAGUAACGUGGGUAGAGGAACACUUCCGGUCUCCCUCAUCCCAGCGCCAUUUUUAUCUGGAGUAUUUGAUGAAGACUUGCUUGUGUGGGACUUAACCUUCUUGCAAGGCUGUGUUAGCCACAGAUACCUUUCAGUAAGGGAGAUAGCGCCUUGGAUCUGAUUGCCCAGGCUUUGGUGAUAGCUGUAGGGCUGGCUACAGCAGCCUGUUAGUGUGACAGGCUCGGCUGGCCUGGGGCAAUGGCUGCUCUUCUCCCUCCCUGCCCCCCUCUGGGCAACAGGUCAGCAAAGCAGGAAGUGCUUGGGAGACCUGCCCAGGCUCCUUGCUGACUCAGCGCUUAUUUCUGUAGUUUUAAGAGAAUUGAAAUUUUUUUUUUUGAGGGUGGGGUCGGGUGGGGGAAAGCUGUUAAAGGCAGACAAAAAAGAAAAAAAAAAAAAGAAAAAAGGGGGAAAAAAAGGAGUUGGAGGGAGUUGUGAGUUACAGGGACAUCUCCAAGUCCUGUUUGUCCGUUUGGAGACACGUGUGUCUUUGUGCCUUUAUAAGAUGGUCAGGUGCCAACAGACCUGAUGAUCGUUGGCUUCCCUGCUUCAUGAAGUUGCCAUCCCGGAAGCUGCAAAUGCAGAUAUGUUAAGAUAACUUUUAUUUUUUAAUUAAAAAUAAAUCUUUCAAGAGGA